AUGUGGCUGUAUAGCGCAACUGUAUUCACUGCCUUUGCUUAUUUGGCAUGUUCCAGUAAUCUAUUGAAUGCCAAAAAACGAUUUAAACAGGAUGGAAAUCAUGUAACUGCAACAGGUCAUCGUCGUCGUUAUCGUUUAUCAUUAAGUGAUAAUGAAGAGGUACAAGUUCCGAUGAAAAUACCUAAGUUAUCGAAGGCACAAAAAAUAGCACUAAUUCUUGAGUCAGGACAGGAUCCGUUCGAGAAAAAGCGAAAGCGAAAAGAGAAAGGAAAAAGACGUUCAAGAAAGCUGCGACAUGUAAAACGAUAUCCGAGCAAUGCAUAUUUGUUAAUGGAUGAUAGUGAUGGAGAAGAAUUACAAUGGAAUGUAAACAGGCAUGAUGAAGUACAACAACAACAGCAACAACAAGAACAACAACAACAAUCUAAUGGAUUUCAGAAUCCCGACCGGGAAACAGACGUGGAAACGACAACACUGUUGAUGGAAGCUGAAUGGGAAGCAGUAAACGAAAGAUAUGAUAGUGAUAAUUAUCGGAGAACUUCAGCAACACAGUCCUAUGGGGAUAUUUCCACAUCGAAUAAUUGGCAAACAUCAACCGAUUAUCCAUUCUGGCAACAAAGUAUGGAAACGGCAACAACAACAACAACAACAUCAUCUAGCACUCAUAUUACUGAUCUGACUACUACCACUGCAUCAUUAAUGGUACCAGAUGCCACCGAAGAUCUUAUUUGGGGACGAUUGUUCAUUGGGACACCAACUCAAUCUCCAAAAUUGCAUCAACCGCUUGCUUUACCUAUGAAAACUUGUCCACACCGUUUUGAUGCGGUUACACGUGCAUUCAAUGGUCGAACUUAUGUGUUUGCUCGUGAUCGCGUAUAUCAACUUUGGAGAUAUGAUAACUUGCAUCAGAAGGCAUCAUUUCUCAUCAGUGAGAUGUUCCCAGCUGGUCCACGUACGGUUACGGUUGCGUACACUAACAGCAGAAGUGGCGUUACUGUACUUAUCGAACAUCGAACUGUCUAUCGAUAUCGAUGGAAUCGAAAGAAUAAAGUUUUCUACCUUGCACGAAAGAGUCCACAACAAAUAACAAAGAAAAUGCCGGUGUAUCCUCGAGCGGGAUUUCAAUGGAUCGAUGGUAAUCAAGUCCUCAUCGAAGGAGAAAAUUUUGCAACAUAUGAUGCAUAUUGGAAUGUUGCAACAUUUAGUGGUUUAAUGACAAAUUAUUUUCCACAAUUUCCACGCGAUCUAAUUGGAUCAACUUAUCAGAACGAUACGCUAUUCAUUCUUUAUACAGCUUCCAAUAAGAUUCAGAUUUACGAUACGGGGAAAUACCGGGUGAUACAGGAAUAUCCCAUUCAGAUUAACGAAUUUAUUGGCUGCUUCAAUGGUUGA